AUGUCUAGCGUGGUCAAUACCGAUCCGCGAAGACCGAAAAAACUUAAGAGGUUUGUUCCAUUAUCCUCCGACGCAACCCCACUGGAUCAAACAAUUGAUUAUCUGAAUUUUUUCGGUAUGAUUUUGAGCAUGUGUGGACUUCUGUUUGAGGUGAAACUGGCUGCUUGGACCGCUGUCAUAUGUGCGUUCGUGACCUAUGCUAAUUCCCGUGCUGGUGAGGACAAAAAACAACUGAUCAGUGGUUUUAUGUAA